CUUCGCACGCCUUAUCACGGCUUUUCAUCUUUGAUUUAUUCACACGGCUCCCUGGUACUCAUAUGGCUCCGACGGCUGCGUGGCCUGCGUCGCUGCGGAUCCUACUCUCAGCGCAUAUAUAAAUCACUGCCUCUCAGCGGCAUCUCGCCAGAGGAAAAAAAGAUGCACAUUCUCGUCCGUCACCUACGCCUCUCAGCGUGCCUGAUCCUCGCGACCUACACUGCAGCGCGUCCGGCCCUCCAAGUUCCGCUGCGUCCUGCGGGGAUGGAGCCCGAUGGCGCGGAAGUCUUGACGGCCAGGAUGGACAGGGUCAUCGAGGGUAUCUUGCGGGACUUCAACACGCCGGGGGGCGCCGGUGUCGCUGUUGUGCACCAGACGCGUGACGGCGAGUGGGUGAUGGAGAGCAAAGGAUACGGCAAUGCGACUGCGAGCGGCGAUCGUGCGACUGGAGACACCCUCUUUGCGAUUGGCUCGAACUCAAAACUUUUCGACGUGGUCGCGACGGGCUUGCUGGUCUCGAACGAGUCCCUGACGCCCCGCAUUUCGUGGGACACCAAGAUCGCGUCGAUGAUUCCGGAGUGGAAGCUGAUGGAUCCAGUGGCGUCGAGCGAGAGCACCAUCGUCGACAUCAUGAGCCACCGCACGGGCUUGCCGAGACACGAUCUCGCCUUUCCCCUCUAUACACCCGUGCUAGAUGUGAUCAAACGCCUACGAUACUUGCGACCCUCCGCCGGCUUCCGCGAGACUGCGCAGUAUAACAACCUGAUGUACACCACGCUCUCGCAUCUGCCCGUGGCGCUCACCGGCACCCCAUUUGAGGAAUAUGUCGCUGCCAAUAUAUUUGGGCCCCUCGGGAUGGCGGACACGACGUACUUUUACAACGAGACCCUGAAGCAGGGGAGGCUACUGGCGGAUGGCUUUCUGCGAGAUGGAGCCAACGUCUCCCGCGAUCCGUUUGACCAAGGCUCAGUAAAGACGUUCCAAUUCUGGGACCAGUACAGCUACGGUAUUUCUGGUGCCGGUGGUGUUAUCUCGACACCUCGUGACGUGGCCACCUGGUUACGGGCUCUGCUUGAAGACGGAAAGAACCGGGACAACGAGAGCGUUAUACCUCCUGAGGUUCUCCAAAAGGUGGCCAGUGGAGUGACUGUGCUGACCCCGGUUGCCCGAUUCCCGGAACUCUCCCCCAUCGUCUACGGUGGGGGUCAAAUGCGCGGAACGUAUCGUGGGGUGGAAAUGAUUGAGCACGGAGGAUCUACUCCCGGAUUCAAGAGCCAGAUUGCGCGAUUCCCGUCCAAGAACCUGGGUGUCGCUGUGCUGAUCAACGAGGAAGAUCUCGGUGUGUCCAUUAUGGAAACCAUCAAGUACCGCAUUGUCGACGAGUACCUCGCGCUGGAGCCGGUGGAUUGGCUUGGACGGUACCGCUCUGCCGUUGAAGCAUCCAUUCCACCGCCGAAGCAGCCUCGGUCCGAGAACGCCACUGUACCAUCAGAACCGUUCUCUUCGUUCGCCGGCAAAUAUCGCAACCCCGCUUACGGCGACAUCGACUUUUGUCUGAUCCUCAACGGGACGACUACCGGUGCCUCCUGCAGUGAGAUCUCUGAAAGGCUCCUGGCUAAGUUCCCCAAGACUGUGCAGGCGGACGUACCCACGCUCAUUGCUGAGUGGGACACUAUGGUGACUCAAUUCAUGUUGCUGGAGCACUACGAUGCUGGGGUAUGGAAUAUGACGGGAUUAGGUGUCCAGUCAACCGGGAGCGAGCCCUGGAGCUUCAAAAUGGAGGGCUUCGUUGCCGAAUUCGAUGGUCCUCGAGGAUUCUCUCCGACCGAAGUUUUCUGGGGCGCGGGCGCGGGUGUCGAGCCGCCCAAAGGGGACACUGUCGAGGAGCGGGCUGAGGCUUGGUUCGAGAAGGUGGGGGUCUGAAGUCGUACGAUUCGACAACCAUAGCUUGGACAAGAUGUAAUCUAUCUCCUCCAAGGAUUCACCGAAGCAGUGUGCAGAGUACAUCAAAUCGCAUGCUGAUAUCUUUCAUUCUGGUACUAUCCGUAGCGGCUAUGUGCGAAGGCGGGUUUCAAUUCACUUGGAGACAAGUAAGCUCCGGUUGGGGAUGAGCGUCGGCCCACGCCGUGGCCUGGGGCCAGUGCUCGCAUGAUCUUCCCAUGCAUGGCUGGCCAAGUCUACCCCAUCAACGAUCAGUGAUAGAAUGUAAUGAGCUUCGAACAUGUAACCCCGAAGUUUGCUGGAGAUGACCAACGCACGGUCCUCGAAAUAUCCUGUCUUCCGCAUCUCAAUCAGCUGCUGCUGCUGCUGCUGCUUCUCUGAUCAUCUCAUCUCUGAUUGCGUUUCGAGAUCGGAUGGGCUUUGGCGCCGAAGCGUCUGCGAUACCCACGCAUGUGCGGAAAACAUUCCCGGCUAUGGCUUUGGAGUGCGGCCACAGCAGAGCGGACAUCGUGAGUGGAACUGGCACAAUCCCAGUAAAACCUCGGUCCUACCCUCCAAGCCCGGCGCAAUUCACACCGGUAUUGGUCUGGAGACUUGAGCGAUGUUCGGUCGCGGCAGAGACCAGUGGCUGGAGCUACCCACGCCUCGUGAGCAGAACGAGAUUCCACGCCAUCAGAACCUCGACGUCGAGCCGUGUACGGUCCUGGGAAACAGGGGAUGAUGACGCACAGAACGUGUUUCAUGCAGUGAUCGAGAGAAGGAGCGAUGCACUAGAAGUGCGGCCAGCAUAGAAAUAGACUGAAAAAGCCACAGAUGGGAUGCACACCCCCCCGCAUCCCACAUGCCGCAUGGAAGCAGGAGGGGAGCUGUGCACUUGACGAAGCUAGGGUUUAGGGAUCGGAGGUGCAGCUCCACUGAGAGUGUGCACUGUUCUCAGCGGGACCAGCGGCAGGUUAGCAGGCAACGGGCUUUAGUGACUGGAUGUUUCCGAGUGGAUGAGUAGCAUAUGAGGCUGGAAAUUUUCUCUGGGAGACAUUCUUGAGUGAGAAAUUUGAGGCAAGACUUCCACACUGCGAGGUGGUCGAGUGAGUCUCAGAGACGUACGUCAAAGUGCCGAAUAACGAUUUGAUCGACUGGGCUGGAAGCACGGUCACGUGGUACGAUCUGUCACAUUGGAUCACACCUAUCGACCACCACCUUCACUCCCCAGGUUAGUUUUUCAUCGGGUUCCGCAGCAUUUCAACCGCCUGCACUCAAUCAAAGGCGUCACAUUGGGUCAUUAGCGGUGAAGUACUUACAUAUGGACCGAGCCCCUUGCAGAUCAGCCCGGGAAACGGGUGCCAGCGUCAGCAGCGGUUGCAGCGCAGGACCAAGGCACAGACGCACCAAGCCCACAAACACCGGAAAUCGGGCUCCCCUGGGGCUUGCUUGGCCUGGCCUGGCCUGUGUUCAACUUGCUGUGUGUCACUGGCCAGGCCAGGCCGGGCCCGGGACAGCGGGGUCGCAAGGCAGUGCACGUCGUCGUCGUGCCUGGGGCCUUUCUGACGCAGCGAGACGAGACGGCUCGGUUGCCCAGUUGUUGAGUAGUAGUACCAACCGACAAGGGUUAUGGGCGCAUUAGCAGAUUGAUAAGACCAUGAUUUAUGACGGCCGUCCACCUUCAACUCACGUCACGUGCUCAGUCUGAG